AUGAUGUACUCCUGCGGCCUUUCUGCGGACUCAGGCUACCAACCGCACUACGGCGCAUAUUGCGCGCAGCGUGGCUCGGACGGCGUCCUGAGACGCCCACCCAGCUGCGGAUACCAGGCAGUACCCGCGCCCUGGUGGGACCCGGCUGCAAGCGGCUACUGCGCAGGGCGGACAGGCAGCAACACGCGACGACCGUGGGCGAACUACCAGAGUGUUUCUCAAUCGACGUGCCAGCAGGCAUGCGAACAGGCUGAGGAUUGCAACGCGUACGACUGGAGCCCAUCCCACGGCGACUGCUUGCUCAUCGUCAACGGCCACACGUGCAAUGUAAUAACGCCCCAUCCGGAGUGGAACUCCUAUCGGUCGGCGCCGUGCUCGAUCUCGCGUCAGGCAUGCCAAGAUGCGUGCGACUCGGAGACAUCCUGCACGGCGUUUGAUUGGAGUCCCAAUCACAAGGAUUGUUUCCUGAUCACGACGCCGUGCACUUCGGCCACGACGCACGGCGAGUGGAAUUCGUACUGGAAGUCGUGCGAGUACAAUAUCGGACCGUGGGGUAUAUCGUCAUGUUCGUGCGACGGCGCUUGUUGCAACGCCGGAUGGGAACCGAUCCCAAGCCAAGACGCGUGCAUGACUGCGGCAACGGCGCUUGGCAAGACAGGGGUACGGAAUUAUGCAGUAUAUGAUGCUGACAGCUGCCAAGGCGUUGUUUCGGGCUGCAACGCACAGUGCGACCCAUACCAUGGAUGUUCGCAGGAGGUCCGCUGGCAGUAUUAUGACCAGGGCAGCCAGAUAUGCCAACGUGGCAACUGUCCUCUAUAA